AAGCCAACACGUUGAUAGUUUUUAUGACACCAAAACGUGUUUUCCGUCAACAUGGUUGGGUGUUGGCGCCCCCUGCCGGUGAAAAUGGCUCAGUGCAUUGGAUUGUGCAGAUUGGUAAUCCAUUAGUCUCCCCUUGAACGUCAGUCAAUGAUUAUCGACUCCAGCACGACUGAUUCAAAGUUCAACAUAUAAAAACAUGCAGAGAAGAUGACUAAAACAGGAGCAUCAUGUUUCUGAAAACAUUUGCCUGCAGAGUUUUGGCCUCGUUUCCUCGCUGCGGCGUCGUUAUUCCCAGGAAGCCGCGAUAUAAGGCUUUGGGACGGAGCUCCGAGCGGGGCUACUACAACACCGGGAAGCCUGGCUGCCCUGCACCGGGCGGAGCGGCUCACGUGCGGGUGGUGGAUCUCCGCAGCGACACGGUGACCAAGCCGGGAGCGGCGAUGCGCCAGGCCAUGGCGGAGGCCGAGGUCGGAGACGAUGUGAUGGGGGAGGAUCCGACGGUGAACGAGCUUCAGAAAAUUGCAGCAGAAAUGUUUGGGAUGGAGGCCUCCCUGUUCGUCCCCUCCGGGACCAUGAGUAACCUCAUCGCAGUGAUGGUGCACUGCAGGGAGCGCGGCGACGAGAUGAUUGUGGGGGAUCUGUCCCACCUGCACGUCUACGAGCAAGGGGGCAGUGCUCAGCUGGCUGGUGUCCACGCCACCACUGUGACCACCCGUCCUGAUGGGACGUUCGACUUGGUGCAGCUGGAAUCCAAGAUCCGCCACGGUUACCCGGACCCCCAUUACCCACGCACACGCCUCAUAUGCCUGGAGAACACGCACAACAUCCAGGGAGGACGAGUGUUGCCUCUGCCCUUCCUGCAGGAGGUUCGCGAUCUGGCAGACCGUUACGGCCUGUCGGUUCACACGGAUGGAGCGAGGGUGAUGAACGCCGCCGCGGCCCUCGGCGUCCCUCCGUCCACCGUGCUGCAGCACACUCACACAGUCAGUGUCUGCCUCUCCAAGGGUUUGGGCUCCCCGGUGGGUACCGUCCUCGCCGGGCCUCGGGACUUCAUAUCCAGAGCUUUGCGUUGCCGUAAAGCCUUAGGCGGGGGGAUGCGGCAGGCCGGCGUUCUUGCGGCAGCUGGAAAACUGUCUUUGCAGGAGAUGGUAGGAAGGCUAGAGGAAGAUCACUGUAAUGCCAGAACAUUUGCUCUUGCCCUGCUAGAGUGCGAGCCCGCCCUGUUCGCCGUGGACAUGUCCGCCGUGGAGACAAACAUCCUGCGCUUCAGAAUCAAGGAUCCUGCUUUGAGUCCCCAGGAGUUCUGUGCACGCAUGGGUCGGGUCGGGGAAGGGGAGGAGGCGGCUCUGGGGCAGGGCGUCCAGGUUCUCAUGUACCCUCAUUAUGAGAACUCCAUCAGGGCCGUGUGGCAUCUCGGAAUAUCGCCUGAAGACACCCAGCUGGCUGUCAGGAAGAUGCAGUUUGUGGCUGCUCAGCACUUAAAGGAACACGUCAAGACCCAGUAGAACCUGAUAACAAGGUCUGUUCAAAUAUUUAAGGAGUAACCUUGGGAAGGACUCGCAUAUGUCCAAGAAAUGCAACUGGAAGGGGUUUUUAAAUGAUGAUGUUUAGUUUAAUUGCAAAUAAAACAACUUUCUUAUCUUUCAUUAAC